AUGACCUCAACCAAAAAACAACAACUGCCUCCCUCGCCCGCUGAAUCCGAGAGUCCCAAGAAAUCACCAGUUCGCCGCAGACCCGGCCACGACCUGUUUUCGGGCCGCAAUCUUGGCUCACCUACACGAACGAGCCAGGUUGUGACACCAACAGAUCGACACGACCUUCCGAGAGCACCGCCAUCACCUUCGCCCCCCAGAAAUCUUACCAAGACUAAGGCGCGGAAAUGGGGCCAGCGUCUUUCUACCUUUCUGCCUCUGCUCACAUCUUCAGCACCAGAUUUGUCCUCCAUCAGCAUCCGCCGAAAGCCAGUUGCCUUUUCUGAGCACGGCAAAAUCUCGCCAACCGAGACUCCUCCUCCACCUUACAAAGAGUACGAUGCGAGCCAUUCGCCGCCCAUAGACCCUCUCGAUACUUCUUUCGCUGCCGACUCCGGGCAGGGCCUAGCGUCAGCGCCUCUUUCUGGAGGAGAUAUUCAUCUUGACAACACUCACGCGUUUCCCGCUCAAGCAGACCUGUCUCAAAGCAGCAUUAGGUCUGUUCUCCAGACCGAGGUUCCGCAUAGCGCAUUGGGCAUGGACGAGCAGCCUCAAAUAGCCAGCGCCACCGGCCCCAUUGUUCAACCUAGCUCUGAAUCGCAAGUAUUGCCCCGCGAAGAGACCACUCCUCAGGAACAGCCUUCGCGAAGUAGCUCUCCUGAUGAGGCUACCGGCGAUCUUCGCGGUCCACGGAAGCUGCGCAAAAGUUCCGACAGCGCAAAGCGACCUCGGGCAAACUCAUACCAGGCUGGGCCGUCCGUUCCUGUUCCCAUCAUCAGACCUAGCUCAACUAUGCCCAUUCCUGAACUGCGAGGUCGAAGUGUCUCGUCGCAACCCACGCUAUCGGUGACGGAGAUUGGCGCAACGUCUUCCAUGCCACCACCUCCUGUCCCUCGACCUACUUCCCGUAUAGCGUCACCGAAAAAUUUGAACCAAAGCCCAAGCAGAGGCCGCCUUCGCAAAAGCUGGAUGCCCGGUGGCCGAUCACGAUCAAAUUCUGUCGAUGUAUCGUCGCCAAGUGCUAAAAUGCAAGCUUGGAUCAUGACUGAUGAGACUAAUUCCGAGUACAACCCUUCGUUCUUGAAGAAAGGGGAGAAGGUUCCGGAACUAUGGAAUGAAAUCGGAACUGUGCUAGUCUAUUUGUAUCCGAGAAGUAGUGGUUGCGGACCCAGCUUCAAGGUGCCCGAGUUCACCGUCAGUUCAUCAUAUCUCUUCAACGAAUUGCUGGCUUCAGAGACGUCCUCAACGGUUGGCCACCCCCGUUCAAGGAGCUUUGGCGGCAGAGACAGCUUGUCUGUUGAUGAUGCUAGUCGCAUGCAUUCUCCGCCGAUGGGCCCAUCCGAGGACUUUUCAGGUGAGCUGAAACUGUACCUUCCGGUAGCGCGUCCUUCAGCUUCGACGCAUCUUGUUGCACCUGGCCAAGGUGGCGACAAUGAACUCGAUCGCCUGAUUGCCAUUCGCAACUUGUUUGCUUUUCUCACUGGCCAACCCCUGGUUGGCACGAAGUCCAGACCUACAGUCUUUCUGGCCUUUUUGGAGAUUGCAGAUCUCUUGGAAGAAUACAAUUUCACCGGAAUGGAUGGCACGGGAUUUGGAAACGCCGUGGAUAUGAGCUUUGGCUUCUAUUGUGAUUUUCUUGGUCUGUCCGACUGUAGACACAGCCGGGAAAAGACUGUUGAGGCUCUCAUCCUGGGCGAGCGCAUGAGAAAUGUUGACCUGUACAACGAAGCAUUUGCUCAUGCCGCGGGCAAAUACUCAGCCAUCAUCGAUCUCCGCCUUCCGCUGUUCGAAAAGAUUUCUCCGCGCACCCGACAACGUCUCGAGCGCGCACACAUCGAUCUGGUCAAUCGGCAACAAAAUGUCAACGACUACCUCGAACAAUUCGAAUUCCCGUCCAUAUUCGCCGGCAUUGCCAACUCGACAUCGAUUUCUGAAAUGAAAAACAUUCGAUUUAAAGCUUGGCGGAAUUCGUUCUCUAGGAUGCGAUCCUUCAUGCUUAGCUACUACAAGUCGGCAUUUGGCAGUUGGCCUCCGAAAGCUAGCAGCAAGAAGAAUCCUUUCAUGGAGAGUGGCCUGAAUCGACUCGUGUUGAAGAUGCUCUACUCGGACAUGUGCGCUCUGUACGAUCUGCUUGUGGAUAGAACCGACUUGACGUCUAGAGUCAUCGAUCACACUCCGGAGCUGUCAUCCGACCCUGACAAGAUUACUAGGUCGGCUAUUCGAAACAUCAUGUCCGAAUACGACCGCUCUAGGCCGCCUGUUUUGCCGCCCAUCCCAUUUGACUUGCCUCAGCUCCCGACAGUUCAGGCUAUUCACGAGACGUACUCUAACUUGUCUGCGAAGAAUCAAGCCAAAUUCGACAAGAAACUCAAAGAACACGAGCUGCUUCUCAUUCUGAACAAAGCCUACAACUACGAUACCAAUGCUAUUCAACUCCCCUUUCUCGAGCAGUUCAAGGAAUUUGAAAGCCGAGAAGCAAAGGGUAAGAUGAAGCAAGAUAUUGUUGAUCAGCGCAUCGGGUAUUGGAUAUUCCUCUAUGCCGUACUCCAGUCACUUCCUAUGCUGGUAAUUGAUGCACCAGGCCUCAAGCAUACCGAGGGAACAGAAUACUUCCUGUGUCAGCCUCCGAUGGGACAGCCCCCGUGGGCAGAAGACGGCCAGGUCCGCAAGCUAUGGUACGAAGUAGCCGGCGGCGGCGGCGUGGUUGAGCUUUCCGCAGAUGCUGUUAUGUACAGCGUCGAAGCCACGUACCACCGCAGCCACUGUUGGCUGGCCGCCAAGCAAUGGGAGGGGCUGGAUGGGGUCGAUCAGGCGCCCCCCGAGCCAGUCAUGUCACCACUUGAGCCGCCGCGAUCCAUCUUUGAGAGCAGCGACGGCACCCUUGGAGGGCCCCCUCCAGUUCCUGGUCCUAGUACGCCAUCGCCGCCGUUGGGAACCCCUCCGCUGGCAGCCCACUCGCGGACUCUUUCGCCAGGUGGUGCUCGUGCAAGUAGCGCAUUCCGCUCUAGCAUCCUCAUCGGCCUGGAGCCUCUAGCAAUAGACCCGCCAGCCAGCGUCUUCGGCCCGCACCAGAGAAGCAGUUCGCUUGGUCCGCGCCCUCAAAGUGCUUUCGUGGGCCACAGUUUUUCUGGCUCUCAUCUCGCUGGCAUGAGUACGCCGAGAACAAGCACACCUAGCACAAUUGCUCCGACCUCUGGGGCUACCUUUGAUGACAUCCUUGCCGGAGGAAGCGAUAAUAAGGCAAAGAAGGAAAAGGAAAAAGAAAAGGAGAAGAAGCCUGCCAAGAAGAAGGGCUUCUUCUUCUAG